UAAUAGUUGCAUCUGUGGGAGUGAUACUGACUACACUCCAUCAACUAUAACAGGAAGCAGCUACCAGAGUCACUGCACUCCAUCAACUAUAACAACAGGAGCAGCUACCAGAGUCACUGGUUGAAACAAGUCAAGUCAAGAGAUGGUCCAGAUUGUGUCAGUCCUCCUGUUCUUGUCUGGGGCUGCCAUCUCGUACGGUUUCAAUCCAAACUUGAUUGCCUCCAUUGCUGGCUUCACUGUAGGAUCACAAGACCAUCACACCAUCACACAAGAUGCCAGUGUACGUGUCCUCAGAAGCUUCUUGCUAAACAAUCCAAACAAUGGUGGUGACAGCACCUCUGCUAUACUCAACCUGGACAAUCCUACAGCAGAGUCCCUGUUUGCAGCAUAUUACCAAGGCACUACUACCUGCACCCAGUCUCAAUGCAGAUUAAUGUACCGACAAUUUACCAGAGCUAUGGCUACUGUUAUGGAGAGCAAUGCGGACAUGGAUACAGCAGAGGUAGGGAUAGCUGGAACACAUUUUGACAACGAACAGAUCCUCGAGGGCCACAAUCGCCUACUGGAGAAGAGGGAAGUUGUAGUGAGCCACAUUCGAGGGCGGCUGUAUGAGGAGGCACGUCGUGAAGUGGGUAGGGCUCUGCACACUCUGCAAGACUUCUACAGCCACUCUGACUGGGUGGAGCUCGGGAACACACAGCCGUGGGGCGUACUCGGAAUGCCUGGUACAACACUCACAAAGAUUGCCAGCCCUAGUGUCCCUACCUGCAGAAGCUGUCAGCGUGGUGCCACUGUGGAUCCAUCUCUGUUGGUAUUCAUUAGCAGAUUCAUUGCGUUCGAUUACGAGUACAACUGUAACGACAACAUAUUGAGUGAUAUACAAAAUGAUAUGGUCCUAACGACAGGGUACACGGGGUUCAGCAAGCCUGAGGGUAAGUGUAGCCACGGAGGCUUAGGUGACUUCUCCAGCACACUAACACCAGAGGGUGGCAUUAACAAAGAUAGCAACCAAAACAGACUAGCUAACCACUACACACUGCACGAGGAGGCAGCCAACGUGGCCAUGCAAGCUACCGUUAACUUUCUGGAAGAUAUUAGGGAAACAGUUGGAGAUGAAGUAUUUAGACAAUUUUUGGAUAUUGAGAUAUUGCACACUUCAGUGGCUUUCGUGGUGGACACUACUGCUAGCAUGAGUGACGAGUUACCAUGGAUACAGACAGUGAUACCAGUGAUACAAGCACAACUAAGCAGUUACAGCACCAGCAUCAGCGGAGGGGUCAUCAUCGACUAUAUACUGGCGCUCUUGAAUGACCCAAAUCCAGGCACAGUACGAGUGACACAAAAUGCUACAGAAUUCUUAGACUACAUUCAAGCGUUAACAGCAUCAGGGGGUGGUGCUGACGAUUGCCGGGAGCCAGGUUUAGGAGCCAUCAUAGAGGCAGCUAAAUACAGCACAGAGGGGGGCGUUGUCAACGUGUUCACUGAUGCUCAACCGAGUGAUUAUCUGCGUCUAUCAGAAGCUGUAACCAUUGUACAAGAGAAAGGACUCACAAUCAACUCAUUCUCAACCACAGGCUGUAGCUCACGGAGGCGCAAGAGAUUUGUGGAGGGCCAACCAUACGGGCUAUUAAGUUUCCUGUCAGGGGGGCAAUUUCACAGCCUACCCCCAGAGGACCUGUCAAACAUCGCUCCUAUUGUGGUGUCCUCCAUCAAGCUAGACACUACGGCUACUAUUCUUACUAGAUCUGGGUCUUCUUUCUAUGGUACUAUGAAUAUUACCGUGGAUAGCUCAAUCACAGAGUUCCAGAUAGUUGUCAGUGGUGAGGGACUAGCGCUGGGGAGUCUGACAUCACCUCAAGGUACUGAUAAUUUCACUACACAACUAUUGACCUCCACCUCUACACUGAUUGUGUACACGGUUGCCGUUGACAACCCUAACCAAUACGGGACAUGGCAGCUGGUCUUUAAUGCCACCUCUAACUACCGAGCAUUCGUCACAGGAGACAGCGACCAAUCAGUCACCAGCACACUCUACCAAAUAGCGGGACAAGUGAAACAAAAAGUGUUGCAAGGAGAGGUCCUCACUCUACUGCUGAGUAUGGACCAGGGAGCCAGUCUAACCUCAGCUAGUAUACUCAACAAAGAGGGCAACCAGCUCUUUCCUCUGAGCCCAUUUCCAGUGGGUGUGGGCAUGUAUGCCGCUAUUGUCCCCGUUCCCCCCACCCCCUUCAAAGUAGGUGUGGUGGGCAUGCGACCAGGAGGCCAGGCCUUCACUAGAGUCAGCUCAGUGGGUGUGGAUGUGUCAGAUGUACUUGUGAGAUCACCCGUUGGCCAAUCCCCGUACCAAGUUCUCCGUACGGGAGAGAGUGUGACACUGGGUCUAACACUGACCAAUGUUGGAGACAACUCUACCUUUAGAGUGGACGUUAUAGCCAGGGGAAACCCCUCAGACAUUGGGGAAACCCCCUCCAGAUACACCUACACCUUGAGUGGAGGGUCAACCUCACAAAGUGUUAGUCUAGUUAAAGACAAAACUAAAAGCCUCGGACUAAUUGUCAUGGCAACAGGAGAGGUUACGGAAGCGGACACACUGUAUCUACAGAUAACUAUGACGGAUGAAAGCUCGAGUGAACGUAGCAACUUCUACAACCUCCAGUUCACAGGCACUACUGUUGUUCCUGUCGACAGGACACAAGUGGAGUUCUACAAUGGAGGCAGAGGAUUGCACGGGACUCUAGGGGGUGUGGUUACAGCGGCUGCUCUGUUACUAGGAGCUCUGCUCUACUAAACACUCGAUGAGAACUAGAAUUGUAGAAUUUUGUAUGCGUUCAUGAGUAGAUAUUAUAAGCAUGUAGCUAUUACUAUAAUUAUGACUUUAUUGCAGUACAAAUUGUUAACUCCAAAA